GGCAGCUGCGAGUGGAGUGUGUGUGUGUGUGUGUGUUUUCUCCCGGAGUUUGUGAAAGCGUGUGUGUGAGUGUGUAGAGUGUGUGAGUGUGUGAGUGUGUAACGGUGUGUUUGUAUGCGCGCGGAUAACAGAGAAUAAGUCACCAGAAGAAGAGAAAGAAGAAGCGGAAGAAGAUUUUAUUAACGGAAUAAACAUCACCUGUGGGGACCGGACUCUCUCUCUCUCUCUCUCUCUCUCUCUGUGUGUGUGUGUGUGUGUGUGUGUGUGUGUGUGAGUGAGUGAGUGAGUGAGUGAGUAAAUGGCCCUUGAGUGUGAGGAGUGGACACACACCGGCCAUGUGGACGCAGUAACACACUCGAUCAAGGAGGUCAUGUCAGUGUCUGUGAGGGAGCUGUACGAGGAUGAAGACACUCGGGAGUCGGACCGAGACAGUGCCAUCGAGAGCGCUGCAGGAUCUGAGCUCUCAGACGGAGGAAGAGGAGGGGACAAAGAGGAAGGACUCAGAAUGUUCUUACCACAGCAAAAAAGUGGAGAGCGGAGCUUGAACCCUUCUGUGACCUCUGACCUUUCGUCUCGCUCACUGAACGAGGAGCAGUUCGAGGAUUACGGAGAAGGAGACGACGCCGACUUUAGUCCCAUCAGCCCCGGGGGCGAGACUCACACUAACGGGUUUUCUGACCUCGGCUCCUCUGUACCCUCCAGUGCCACUCACACACCUCAGAAGGUGAGGCAGGCGAACGCUGAUCACGAGUUGUUUUGCUCAAACUGCUGCAAAAAAGUCACUCAGCUCAAUGAACUGGAAACUCGACUCAAGAACCUCAAAACACACAGCCCAAACAGAAAAAUUACCAGUACAGCAUUUGGCAGGCAGCUGCUCCAGCACAGUAAUCUCAGCAGUAGGAAUGGCAGCACAGAAGAUCUGUUCAGAGAAGGCAGCAUUGAUUACUAUGACACCGAAAUCGCUGACAAGUUGAGUCAGUUAGAGAAGAAGCUGUGUGAGCUGGAGAGUGAGUGUCUGAUGAAUGGCGAUGUGCAAUCCAAACUCAAACAGGAAAACACACAACUAGUGCACAGGGUACAUGAGCUCGAGGAGCAGCUUAAGGAACAGGAGGCGAGAGCCGAACAGAUCAUGGAUGUCGAGCUCCGGAGACACCGAGAUGCCUUCAACAAACUGGAGCAAGACAAGAACACGCAGAUCGACAUGCUCCAUAACCGGGUCCAGCAGUUGGAGGUGGAGAACACUGAGAUGUUGACCAGUGUGAGCAGGCUGAAAACACAGACAGAGAAGCUUGACGAGGAGAAGCAGCGGAUGACUGAUAAGCUGGAAGACACAAGUCUCCGUCUGAAAGAUGAAAUGGAUUUGUACAGGAAGAUGAUGGACAAACUGAGACAGAACCGGAACGACUAUCAGAAGGAGAGAGAGGCCAUGCAGGAGCUGAUCGAGGAACUGCGGCGAGAACUCGAGCACUUGCAGCUUUAUAAACUGGAGGCUGAGCGCGUGGGACGGAUCCGAAGGUCGUCCAUCAGCUUUUCGGAUUUCACCACAAGGACUCGCGAGAAUGAACUGGAACAGGAAAUGAAGCGGCUGAAACAGCGCUGUGUUUCACAGGACGUCCCCCCUGACCUCCAGCAGCGAGCGUGUGUUAGCACACGACUCUACAUGGAGAACCAGAGACUCCGAGAGCAAAACGAAGAUCUUAACGGUCAGAUCCUCAGUCUGAGCCUCCAUGAAGCCAAGAACCUGAUCGCCACGCAGACGAAAGCUCAGUCUCUGGCCGCCGAAAUCGACAAUGCCUCACGUGAUCAGCUGAUGGAAGCCCUGAAGGAGCAGGAGGAGAUCAACGUUCGUCUCAGGCAGUACAUGGACAAGAUAAUAUUAUCCAUACUUGACCACAACCCUUCCAUCUUAGAGAUUAAGUACUGAAUACAACCUCUGGGUUUUUUUUAUUCUAAAAACUGAACACUUGUCUCCCCCUGCUGCCCUGGAGGUGGAACUGCGCUCUUCUGAAUGCAUUUGAACUUCCUGUUGUGAAGUAUGUUCUUCAUGGACUUCAGGAUGUCCUGGAGUUAUUCCUCAUCGGUGCUGUACAUAUUAGACUUACUGGAAAGUCACUGGAAUGGCAGGAUUAAGAGCUUCCAGAGAACUGUGAUGGUCUUUUUCUGAAUGUAAUUUUUGCGCUCGUCUCAGAGCUGCUGAUUUCAGGGAUUGAUUUUGGUGUUAAGUUGUUCAGAGGGAAGUGUGAGGCCGAGCGAUUUUCAGAGACAAGAACCCGGAAGUGUGAGACGGAAAACGAGUUGUUGAAUAAAGCACAUGCUGGCUGUUUAAUGGGUGAAGCUUAACUUAAAUCCUUUCUGACAAUUACAGGCUUGACCUUAUGUGACACUGGACACAAUUACAGCUCAUGAUGGUUUAAUGACCUUUAUGAGACACUGGCUAUCGAAUUUAUAGCUAAUGCUAGCACGCUAAUACAGCAAAUACCUCAGUAGUUCUCUAGCUAGCAUUAUGCUGAUACAGUCUGGUAUAUGUUUGUGAUUGGAACAAUAACUUUGCAAAGCAGUGAGUUUGAGCAGUUGGUGUCACCUGAUCAUGUUUGUGAUUGGCUGAUCAGAUAUAACAUUAACUCCACCCCUUUCAACCCAGAACUCAGUCACUGUGUAAUCAGGAUUACAUGAGCUUCUCGUCGGCUUCAUUUGAAAUCCUUCUGGAUUUUUUGAAUGAUAACAUCCUCUAGAAUAAGAGCAUUUUAGAAGAUUCACUAUAAUAUCGCACAUCUUCGAGAUCACGAUGUUAUGUAAUCAAUUAUCGGCACAUUGCUGGCGAGAUGAGCAUCUGAAUGUUGACUUGGCAUUAUGAAUGUGCAUUUGUUAUGGCACCUUUUCAUUUCAUCACAAGUGCUUCCUGCUGUUGAGUUGUUACAAAGAGUGCUGCUGCAUUAUGCAUUUCUAUCUUCAUUAUCCUCAUCACCACCACCAGAGUCCACUCUUUAUUUCAGAAGUGUUCUCAGCAGCUUCUUUUAAUUUGCAAAGUACUUGUUGAUUUGGAAAACGAAGUACCGGUCUGAUUUUUGGGUGAGUGAACCUUCAUGUACAUUUCAUUUUUUUUUUAUUUUUUAUUUUUUUUGCCAAACUUUCACCUUUAAUUAUGUUCCAGACAUGUGCUCAAUAUCUGGUCGGUUUCUUCACUACAGUUGGUUUGUCAUGUUUUUGGUGUCUGGUUUAGUUUCGAUGAUUUGCUGCACCCCUGUUUUGGUUUUCCCACUAAAUGUGUAAAGUUGUGACUCAUAAACUGAACUACAUUUCCAUUGCGGCAUAAACACUUAUGAUUAUUAUUAUUAGUUUUUUUUUUUCCAAGUGUUUGUGCCUUCUAUCAUCCCCACUGAAACACCUGCUGAUUCUUUUAGCACCUUAUUGCUCGAUUUCAGUGCAAUUUUCAUAACAAACUGUAAAUACUGUACAGGGAACUGGAACGUUCACUUGUUCUGCACCACUCAUUAGUUCUUUCAAAUGUUUCUACACUAGUGUUGUAUAAAUUUAGCUUUCACUUUUCUCACAAAUAUUAUUAGCUCUAAAAAGCAAUAUUAUUCCACUGUGUUAGGAAUAGAAGCCGAAUGCUAGCUGGGGUUAAAGCAGGAGUCACGUGUUAACCAGGCUAUCGUGGCGAAUGACGUCCACUUUUACCUUCGUUAAUUCUUUGCUAAUCAAGACUGUUGAUUUUGUAUAGAUUUUUCUUACACACAGACGUUUUCAAUCCCUCUGACUAGCAUCAUAAUUUAUUAAUGUAAACUGGAGUAUUGUUACACUUUUCUUUUCUUUUUUUUUUUUUUUAUGAAUAUGCUGUGCUGCCCUGAACAUGCCUGAAGGAGUCAACAUGAACAUGUUGAUGAUAUGUAGAAUGUAACUUUGGCUAGAAUUUUGGCAAUAAAAAUUCAACUCAA